CGAGCAGGGGCGCUCCGCCUCAGCGUCCCCCACAGUCCCCGGCUCCGUGCCCGCCCAGCCCCGCUCCGCUCCUCAGGCUCCCGCUGCGGAUGGGGGGAAAGGGGCUCCCAGAGCCGAGCUCCGCCGCCCGCCCCGGUACCUACGACAUCGCAACGCCUGGAGCCGAACCGAUCCCGCCGCCUCUGUGGAUCUCCCGCCGCUGCCGCCGUGCACCGGCCAAAGGCCUCCGGCUGGAAACGGCGCUGAGGGGCGGGGCGGCUCCUGGGGCCCCGGUGCCGUGCAGCAGUAGGAGCCAGGCCGGUGGCGGCUUCCUCCCCUCAGGAAGGUGAGGCCUCGGUGCUUGGGCUCGGAAGCUUGGAAGUAGCAGUUGGAAGCUCGCAGCUGGUGUGUGUUUGCUGUGGAUGGAGGUGUGGGACCGUGGUGGGAAAGAAUGGCCAGCAGUCCUGAGGAUAAUACUUCUCUCUCCAGUGAGAAAGUUGUGCACCCAGAAAGUUCCCAAGCAAAGAAGUCUCAGCAUGCAGAAGAAGCCACCUUUUACAUGAACUGCCGAGCAGCUUAUCUAGCUGUUCUAAAAAGCAGUUUAGAAAAUAUUAAGUCAAAGGAACAACUCAGAUUAGUGCUUCAACAGGCUGGAAGAAAUCCAUCUCAGAAGACAGUUGAUAAAUACUGGACUUCACAAACAACUAUGCUGAAUUUUGAUGAUUUUUGUACGAUUUUAAAAGAAGAAAAACCAGCUACCAAAACUGAACUGCUAGAAGCAUUUGGAAAAAUAGACAAAGAUAAGACUGGAUAUAUUUUACAUGAUGAACUUUAUAGAAUUCUCACAACAAGAGGUGAAAAAAUGACUGAGGAUGAAGUGAAUGCCAUUAUUGAACAAGCUGAUUUUAACUGUGGUGGCAGACUUGACUACAACAAGUUUUGUGAUUUAUACAUGACAACCAGAGAGCAGUGCUGCAAGGCUGCACGAGAGAGACUGGAACUUGAUAGUCGAUUGAAGCAGCAGCAGUUUGGUAAUCAAAUUGAGCCUUCCUCCGAAGAGGUCACACUGCCUGUGUCAAAACCAUCACCAAGAGCCUUGAGGAAAACUGAUCACAAACUGUUAACUUCAAAAGGUGAUAGCAGAACUCCUUCAAGACCGUCAUCAGCUCAAAGUUUCAAAGCAUCUAUCUCUACCACUAUCAGCAUGGCUGCCAGGAGCAACAGAAACACAAAGCUAAUUGAGCCAGACACAAUGAAGGAGUGGCACUGCGCACAGUCCAAAGGAUGCUUCUACUUAGAAGAAGAUGGUGAAAUCAUUAGUCACAAGUACAGGUUGCACGUACCUCAAAGGUCUACAGUGUGUAUUACCAUCAAGCCUUUAAACAUUCAUCAGGAAGAAGGAAUAUCUUGUCACUGGUUGUCAGUGGAUACGGCUUUGUAUAUUCUGAAGGAAAAUGAAACCCAAGAAAAUCUGCAGCUUGUGAGCUUUACUGAACAACAAAACCAAGAGGUGUCUAGCUGGAAAGGGGAGCUUGGAUCAGGCGUUUAUUGGCUGCUCCCAUUCACAACUGGAUGUAGGUUGAAGAAGGUAAAAACACAAAUUACUGAAGAAGCAGAACUGGUGUAUAGAGAUGAAGAUGGAGAGCUGGCUCUGACUCCAGAGUUCCGAGCUGCUUUACUGGAUAUAUUUGAAACAAUUGAUUUGGAUGGAAAUGGCCUUCUGUGUUUGGAGGAAUACAAUUUCUUUGAGCUGAGAACUAGUGGUGAGAAGUGUGAUGAGGAAGCAUGGGCUGUAUGUAAGGAGAAUUUUGAUAUGAGAAAGAAUGAACUAACAAGACAAGGAUUUAUGGAUUUGAAUCUCAUGGAAGCCAAUGACUGUGAAGGGGAUCCUAGUGACCUUUGGGUCACUUUAUUGUCUCUGGGCUACAAUAAAGCAUUAGAAAUGACAGAGGCAUGCCCCUUUGUCAUUGACAUCUAUGCAGAAAAGUGCAAACCCAGGAUUAAAGCCAUGUAUCUAGAGGCGGGGAGCUCACAACUCAACAGGGCUGUUUGCAAGUCUGUUGUUAGUAAAGGAGAGGCCAAAGUACUGGAUGGCUAUGAAAACAUCAUCAUCUAUACCUACAGCACGGGUGGGAGAAUCACGUCUGUUAUUGAGAACAAGUCUGAAAACAAAGUGAUCAUUCAUGUCAACAAUGAGCAGAGCAAGAACUGCCUAAGUAAUAGGGGACUUACUGUUUUUGCUGUAGAAGUGGCACCAAAAUCUAUGAUGGUUUCUCAGCAUGUGAUGCCACUGAACGAGCAGGAAGAAUGGCUUUAUAAUUGUGUGCAUUCCCUUCUACGUUAAACAUUCCAGUUAGAGCUGCUUCUUGGUAGCAUUCAGACUAAGUCAGCAGAUUGCUUUGGCAGCUUUUAGACAAUUUAUAGUCUUGUCCUUCUCAAAAAGCUGUCAUUUAUACUUUGAGUUUGAUUUGUUAAAACCAAUGAAUCAUCUAAGUACUUAUUUCUGCUAUCAGAUUUCUGGUUAUGGCUUUAAGAAAUGUGUAUAGUGAUAGUUUGAUAACUGUGAGUAGGUAAAAUGGAUGGAGUAACUGUAAGUAUGUAAAAUCCUUUGACAGAAUAGUGUUCAUGAGAUACAGUCUAACAAAAUAAAUCGGCAUUAAAAUAUUAAGACACAGUAAAAAUUAGUGCUGUUCAGUAAUAGAGCUGACAGUUCUAAUGUUAACUGUGUUUUAUAAAGGCUAAAUUCCCUAAACAUGCCUUUGUCUUCUAUAACGUAACAUAGUUCCAUCACAUGGUGGAACUGAAGAAAAGCUUUGUUUAAUGGGUCUGAUGGAUUCCUAAUUAAAUACUCUUGUUUUGAUGCAAUAGGUAUGAAGAAGUGAGGUUCAUCAUGUUGUAUGGCCAUCUUAGACUUGUUCUGAGUAAUCCCUGUCUGAUUUUAUAUUCUUCUAUAUAAAAUAAAGUCUGCCUUUUCAUAUGUUAAGGAAAUAACAUUUGA